AUGGCGACCGCGGUGCAGCCCAAUGAGCUAGUGUUUGAGUUUGCCAGCAAUGGAAUGGAUGAGAUCAAUCAGGUACCUGUCAUUACAUUGGAAUUUAGCAGUAGUCAAUAACAGUAGUGUUAUCAUGAUGUACCACCACCAAUAUAGAAAAGUUAAAUCUGGAAUCUGCAGUAGGGGGAAACAGCACCCUUUGCUGCCCCACCACCAUUGUUACUGUUUUUUUUACCACGCUGAGGAGCAUGGUGAAAAAAAAUUGCAGUACAUAUUGUGCUCUUCUAUCGCGCAUGCAAUGAUGUCCGAGGGGAAAAAACAUUGUUUGUUCAUUGUUUGCAGUAACUACUUUGUUGUUGUAAUAUCGCAAACGGAUGGUGCUGUUACACCAUUAAGGAUUCCAGCUUUAAGCAAGACAUUUUCCCAGUGAAUUUUUACAGAUAAUAUUGAGACAAAUACUGAAAGGAUUAGCGAAACAAAGAUUAUUUAAACCAAAAAUUACUUAAAUAUGUAACUUUUGAUUAGCAACAUGGUCAGAGGGAUUUGAACAGGGAAGUCAGCAAGUCAGCGGGUCAGAGGCUUUACUGUAUUGUUGACAUGAUGGAGAGAUGGAGAGAAGGUGUAGAGGAGGAAGGGAUGGCUGGGAAAUGGAGUUUGGGCUGUUGGCAGGACAGAGACGGAAAGUGUGAGAGACCUGGGCCCGGUUUCCCAAAAGCAUCUUAAGACUAAGUUCAUCGUUAGAACCAUUGGGAAACCAGGCCCAGGAGUGGGGACUCUAUUAGUAUGCGUGGGAGGAGAGGGUGGGGCUUUGCCAGGGCCUGUCAAUUUACGGCACAAAGGUUACUCUGUGUGUGUAGAUGUGGAGGGACGAGUCGUCACUGGAUCCUCUCGCCUGAAUAGCACUGGUUCAGGCCUAACCAGACAGACCUGUUGUGGGUGGCUGUUUGUGAGGUGACACGCUAAUUCCACUGAAAAGCCUACCAUUGUUUGGAAAUAACACAAGCCUCCUCUCGGUUCCUCCCUGUGCCCACUCAGUCAAUUACCUGAGGAUUACAUCGUCUGUUCACGUGGUAGCUGGAAAGAAUAUCUUAAAAUAGCACUAGGAUAACGUAUUCACAUUUAGCGCUAAUGCUAACGAAGGGGGCCAUUUUGUUUUCGCUGGAGCAAGCAAGUCUGAAGUGUUUAUAUUUCUGUAUGGGGGCUGUUGGAAUCAAAGAAAGCCACAGCUAGCCUAGCCUGCUGGACUGUGAUGAUUAGCCUUCUUAUAUUGGAUUUUACAGUCAAUAAGUAGCUCCCUGAGUCAGGGCCAUGGUGUAAUGACUUCAGAAUUAGGGUUAGCUCAGUUUAGUGUCUGAAAGCUGCUAUUAUAGAGUUCUAUUGAAGCCUGUUGUGGUUAUACACUCAUUUACACCCACUCACAUUGUUUUUACAGCACUCCAUAAAGAUCAGUCUGUCAAAAGCACCCCCUUUUAAGUAUUUCAGUUGUUAUCUGUGGUGUGGCUAUGCAGUGGUGUCAUGCCCCCUCAGAUUUGUCCUGUUUUUGAAUUUUUCAGAUGUUAACUUAAUUACAAAAAGUUGUAUCAUAAUUAUUUAUAAAAAGAUAUGUCAGCGGAAUUUUGCUUUGGGGGCACACUGACUGGACCAGCCCCCCCCACCUCAUUCUCCCUAGUAAGUGGUUCCUUCCAAGGUGCAUGGAGCAAAGAGAUCCCUAGGCAGGAAGCUAGAUAUAUUGUCAGUGGAGGAGGAGAGAGAGUGUAGAGUGACACCCACAGCGUUUUAUUUGAUUUUAGCUGCCAGUGAUGGGCAGGAGGUAAGUUUGUAAAUUAAUUUGAUCAUGCUAUGUAGCCUAUUGAUUCCUUCUUGAUCCCUUCUGGAUUUGCCCCAAACAUAACACUUUGUAUUCAGGACAAAAUGUGAAUCGCUUUACCACAUUUUUAGCAGUAUUACUUUAGUGCCUUGUUGCAAACAGGAUGCAUGUUUUGGAAUAUUUGUAUUCCGUGAAGGCUUCCUUCUUUUCACUCUGUCAAUUAGGUUAGUAUUGUGGAGUAACUACAAUGUUGUUGAUCCAUCCUCAGUUUUCUCCUAUCAUAGCCAUUAAACUCUGUAAUUGUUUUAAAGUCACCAUUGGCCUCAUGGUGAAAUCCCUGACCGGUUUCCUUCCUUUCUGGCAACACCAUCCAAAGUGUCAUUAAUAACUCCACCACAGGAGGUUGGUUGCACCUUAAUUGGGGAGGACAGGCUCGUGGGUAAUGGCUGGAGCGGAAUUAGUGGAAUGGUAUCAACUACAUCAAACAGAUUGAGUGGUCCUCUGUAGCUCAGCUGGUAGAGCACGGCGCUUGUAACGCCAAGGUAGUGGGUUCGAUCCCCGGGACCACCCAUACACAAAAAUGUAUGCACGCAUGACUGUAAGUCGCUUUGGAAAAAAGCGUCUGCUAAAUGGCAUAUUAUAUUAUAUUAUUAUUAUUAUAAACACAUGGUUUGAUGCCAUUCCAUUCGCUCCGUUCCAGCCAUUAUUAUGAACCGGCCUCCCCUCAGCAGCCUCCACUGAAUUACUCCACCAUGCUCAAAGGGAUAUUCAGUGACCGCUUUCUUUACAUUUCUACCUAUCGACCAAUAGUUUCCCCUUCUUUGGAAAACCUGCCUGGUCUUUGUGGUUGAAUUUGUGUUUGAAAAUCACUGCUCGGCUGAGGGACUGAGGAACUGAGGGACAGAGAUGAGGUAGUCAUUCAAAAAUCAUGUUAAACACUAUUAUUGCACACAGAGUGAGUCAAUGCAAUGUAUUAUGUGACUUGUUAAGCACAUUGUUACUCCUGAACUUAUUUACGCUUGCCAUAAAAAAGGGGUCGAAUACUUAUUGACUCAAGACAUUUCAGCUUUGUGUUUGUUAUUAAUAUGUAACAAUGUCUAAAAACAUAAUUCCACUUUGGGGUAUUGUGUGUGUAGGCAAGUGACACAACAUCUAAAUGUAAUCCAUUUUAAAUUCAGGCUGUAACAACAAAACGUGGAAAAAGUCAAGGGGUUUGAAUACUUUCUGAAUAUAUAUUUUUUUACAUAGAAUUAGGCAUAAUGAUCAUGGCUCUUGAUUGCAGGAAAAAGCUGAUUCAGGUGUUUGAAAAAUACAAAAUUCUUCAACUUCAACUGCCACCCUACCUCCAUCCAAUAAUGGGUGCAUGACACCCCUGUGACUAUGUAAUGUUUACCAUUCACUUCCUCUAUCAGCCCCAUUAGGGGAUGUUAAAAGUAUAUAGGUGGGGCUAGAAAUGGCGACAUGGGCAGGUAAAGCAGAACUGGGUUGAUUAUAGGGGAACCUCACACACAGGGGCUUGCUUUCAUAGCCGAAACUGGGAACUCAGAGAUGCAAAUACUCCAGUGAUCGUUAUAUCUGGUUUCCCUAUUAGAAACACUGUUGAGAGCAACAAAUCAAAUCACAUUUUAUUGGUCACAUACACGUGUUUAGCAGAUGUUAUUGCGGGUGUAGAGAAAUGCUUGUGUUUCUAGCUCCGACAGUGCAGUAAUAUCUAACAAGUAAUAUCUAACAAUUUAACAACAUAUACCCAAUACACACAAAUCUAAGUAAAGCAAUGGAAUUAAGAAUAUAUAAAUAAAUAUAUGGACAAGCAAUGUCAGAGCGGCAUAGACUAAGAUACAGUAGAAUAGUAUAGAAUACAGUAUAUACAUAUGAGAUGAGUAAUGCAAGAUAUGUAAACAUUAUUCAAGUGACUAGUGUUCCAUUUAUUAAAGUGGCCAGUGAUUUCUAAUCUAUGUAUAUAGGCAGCAGCCUCUAAUGUGCUAGUGAUGGCUAUUUAACAGUCUGAUGGCCUUGAGAUAGAAGCUGUUUUUCAGUCUCCCGGUCUCAGCUUUGAUGCACCUGUACUGACCUCGCCUUCUGGAUGAUAGCGGGGUGAACAGGCAGUGGCUCGGGUGGUUGUUGUCCUUGAUGAUCUUUUUGGCCUUCCUGUGACAUCGGGUGCUGUAGGUGUCCUGGAGGGCUGGUAGUUUGCCCCCGGUGAUGCGUUGGGCAGACCGCAGCACCCUCUGGAGAGCCCUGUGGUUGUGGGCGGUGCAGUUGCUGUACCAGGCAGUGAUACAGCCCGACAGGAUGCUCUGAAUUGUACAUCUGUAAAAGUUUGUGAGGGUUUUAGGUGCCAAGCCACAUUUCUUCAGCCUCCUGAGGUUGAAGACGUGCUGUUGCGCCUUCUUUACCACACUGUCUGUGUGAGUGGACCAUUUCAGUUUGUCAGUGAUGUGUACGCCGAGGAACUUGAAGCUUUCCACCUUCUCCACUGCGGUCCCGUCGAUGUGGAUAGUGGGGUGUUCCCUCUGCUGUUUCCUGAAGUCCACGAUCAUCUCCUUUGUUUUGUUAUGUUGAUGUUGAGUGAGAGGUUAUUAUUUCCUGGCACCACACUCCCAGAGCCCUCACCUCCUCCCUGUAGGCUGUCUCGUCAUUGUUGGUAAUCAAGCCUACUACUGUUGUGUCGUCUGCAAACUUGAUGAUUGAGUUGGAGGUGUGCGUGGCCCUUGUGUAUUUCGUACUAAAUACCAUACUCUGUUUUACACCUUUAAUUGUCUUGUUGAGAUAGUUGAGUGUCUCUUGGCUAAUAUAUAAAUCAAUGCUAGAAAUGACAUCUGUGCCCAGUAGUAGCAGUUGGUUCUGCUUUGUGACAAAGCCCCCAGGUGUUUUGUUGAAACUGACCCCCAUUAUGUCAAGACAACAACAGCAGACAGACACAGACGUCUUCUGCCCCGUCAGCAGAAUCUGUGUGGGUUUCAGUUUGUCUGGUCUGGUUCUGCUAGGGAGGGGAGACAGUGUGGUGUUAAUGCACAGACGAGUGAACUCAGCAGACUCACUGGUGCUCUCUUUAUGUCUGGGCACAAACACAUGCGCACGCACACGCACACACACACACACAAGGUCGCAGGCAUCAGUGAACCCGGACAAGGAGGGCGAGACGGGACUCCCUACUGACUGAGAUAUCUGGUAUUGUGUCUAGCUACUAGUCUGAGAACAAUAGACAGCAUGCUGUUGUAUCAAUGACAUUUCAGCUUUUACAGUCAAAGGACACAACAAACUGCAUUCUUUAUCUCUAUAUUUCCCAAGUGGUGGUCCCAAAUGGUCUCGUGGCCCACUGUUGACCAUUAGUACUGACAUCAUGAAAAAGCAGCAUGUUGGAUGGACAGUGUUCUGAAAACUAAGAUAUUGUUAGAAAUUGUUAGUUCCUGAACUAGAGAUCCUGGUUCGAAUCCAGGCUCUGUCGUAGCCGGCCGCGACCGGGAGACCCAUGGGGUGGCGCACAAUUGGCCCAGCGUCGCCCAGGGUAGGGGAGGGAAUGGCCGGCAGGGGAUGUAGCUCAGUUGGUAGAGCAUGGCGUUUGCAACGCCAGGGUUGUGGGUUCGAUAAAAUAAUGUAUGCGCUAACUGUAAUUCGCUCUGGAUAAGAGCGUCUGCUAAAUGACUAAAAUGUAAAUGUAAAUGAACUCUUAGCUAUGUUUACAUAGUGUAAUCGUUUGGUAAUGACUCCUAGAGUUUGAAUGAUUUUACGUAAUGCGGUUGUCUGUGGCAGGGUGCUGUUAGUGUACUGUUAGUUCUCUGGUUAAAGUGUAGCAUUGAGUGAAUGUAACCUUGGACUCCCUAGUCCCUCCCUGGGGCUCAAGACUCAACGUUUAGACACCUGGAAUUCCUGGGGUUCAACCACAAGAAUGGAUAUGUGUGCUUUAGAGGAGAGAGAGAGAUGGCUGACCCAUAGAAAUAUAAUUAUUUGAAUGGACAUUCCUAUGGCUGACCCCUCUUACAAGCAACUUCGACUCAACCAGAAUUACUAAAAAAGCAGAAACCUUAUAAUGUUCCAUAACAUGUCAAGGGCUAUCUCUAGGGAUUGAAAAAGUAAAAUCAUACUACUCAGAACAUUGUUUGGUUAUGCCAUUAAAACCUAUUUGUUGUUCAUUACACCAUUUUGGAAUUUUAAGCCAAAAUGUUGUUACUGGCCUUUCAAUGUGCCACUAAUGUUUUUUUGUGGGGUAGUACAAAGCAGCACAUAGAUGAUAAUCAGGCAAAGAGCUGUAGUCUGGCUCCAUCUCCUGGUAGUUUUCAGAAACUGACACUGAAUUCAUUUUUGUCUCUCUGGCUAUGAGAGUGCAGGCAGUGUAAACAGGCCAAAAUACUUUGCAACAUUUUUCAUUAGACCAUUUUUGGUUGUUUGAUAUUUAGAAUAGCUUAACCUAACGUAAAGGACCUGCAAGCUAGGUGUCCUGCCUGCUCCAUGUCCUUCUGGAGUUGGAACUGGAGCCUUUUGGGCAUGUUAUGGGAAAAAACUAACGGAAAGAGGUGCCAUCCACAUAGCCUCCUGUUGUGGUGCUGUUGAAGACAGGAAAAUAACAGUGUGCUGACCGAAAAUAAAAACGGUGUCUUUACUCCACAAGGACCCCUGAGUCACAGAAUCUGAGAUGAGAGAAGCUUGUUGUCCACAUGUUCUGUCUGGGAAACAAACUGCCAUGUCACAUUGGUAGGCCUACUGUAGAAAGUGUUUCCCCUACCAUUAUAUAGGACCAAGCGGGAACCCCCACCUAUAGGUCUGUUGCCAAAAAUGUUUAUAUUUAAAUAGACCCUGGAUGUUUGUUUGCAACCCGUCUGGAAAAUAAGCUAGGGGUAACACUGGUGGACGUGGUCAGUGAUGAAAGUGUUGCCAGGGGUGCUUGGUUUCCAUAUCAACAGUUGGAACGGGUGUCAUACGGUUUGGCCAGAGUUCUGGCAAUUUCCUUAGCUGAGAAUGUCCUCAGCUCUUCCCGUGUUGGGAAAUGUUGUGCUGGAAAUGAGGGGGCGUGUCUGGAAUUCCCAGCAAUAAGAAUGUCCCAGUGGGCCACUGAAGCACUGUUGAAAUGAGCUCUCCCUCUGUUGCACACUGAGUGUACAAAACAUUAGGAACACCUACUCUUUCCAUGACAUAGACUGACCAGGUGAAUCCAGUUGAAAGCUUUGACCCCUUAUUGAUGUCACCUGUUAAAUCCACAGAUGAAUGGGGGGAGACUAGUUAAAGAAGGAUUUUUAAGCUUUGAGACAGUUGAGACAUGGAUUGUGUAUGUGUGCCAUUGAGGGUGAAUGGGCAAGACAAAAUAUUUAAGUGCCUUUGAAUGGGGUAUGGUAGUAUGUGCCAGGCGCACCAGUUUGAAUGUGUCAAGAACUGCAACGCUGCUGGGUUUUUCACGCUCAACAGUUUCCCGUGUGUAUCAAGAAUGGUCCACCACCCAAAGGACAUCCAGCCAACUUGACACAACUGUGCAUAGAGCUGUAUGGUUUGUUAAACUUUGAAAUCAAUGGUUUUUGUUUGCCAUACAUUUUAAAUUGAAAAAUCAGUCUCAACAUAAUAUUGUUAUCAUGGAAUUGCCCAUAAGAUCAAAAUGAAGCAAUAGACAUAGACAUGUAAUUCUGUGAUCUAACGUCUGUGGUCUCUGUCGGUGUCUUCUGUUGGUCUCUCUGUGUGUCCAGCUGGAUGACCCGUCCGUGUUUCCAGCUGUCAUCGUAGAGCAGGUGCCCGCCGCUGACCUGAUGCAGGUCUACUCAGGCAUGGAGUCGGACGAGGUGGCCAACGGCAUCAUGGUGGACACCACUCUACACGUGGUGGAGGAGCCUAUUAUGGUUGGAGACGUGGGCCUCUCAGGUGAGGAGGAGGAGAUGAUACUUUACACAUGCAUGCAUGCCUAGGGGAUAGGGGCUAGGGGUUGUUUCCGGACAGGGCCUGGUAUUACUUAAAUGACCUAGAAUUCACCCUUAGUGAUUGUAACAUCCUUUCACCUUUGUCUCUAAAUCUGUCUUUUUCAUGUUCUGAUGACAAUCCCUUUCUGAUUGACCAAUAGAAACGACGAUGUCAGGCACAGAUGACAGCAUGGAGACCAACGAGGCUGCGGCAGCCCUUCUCAAUAUGGAGUCACCAAACAAUAUCCUGGACGAGAAGCGCAUGAGUACGAUUUAUGUUGUUUUGUUGUUGCUACUUGCUAGGAGGGGGGUUAGGGGAAGGACAAUUUUUUUAUAUUUUGGUACCACUUGUUUGUUAACUGAAUCCAAUUUCUACCUCAGGGCAUUUACCACUUUCAAAACAUAUUGUUAAAACGUACAAGUUUUUGAUGAAGGCAAUUUGUAGUAUUUUCACUAACUCCCAUAAUUAUCUCUGGCUGUUGCUUUAGUUCACAGUCUCAUAACAUUACAUAACUGGGAGUAAUAUUGAGUGUACUACUUUUUUCUAUUGUUGUAGUUCACACCUAUGGGACCAUGUUGGAGUCUGACUACACAUACAUCCCUCUGCGGCCGGAGCCCAAUGGCUGCAUGGAUGUAUCGCUGGACGAGGAAACAUCCUCCAUGGACGAGAUCCCUCAGAAGAGCGUGUCCAAACCACAGAGGAAAAGUAAAGGUACUGCAGGGGGUCCUCCUGGACUGUAGGGGACAGUGUUAGAAAACAUUAGGUGGUCAAACAACGUAAUUUAGUCUUGUUUUUAAACUUCAAGAUGAAAAUAUUCCAUUUACACUCAUGUUUCGGAGAUAUUUUUUAAGAGUUACACAGGAGUGCCUUGGCAAAUAUAUUUGCUUAUAGCCUUAUUAGCAAAUGUUUCAUAAUACAGUGCUGAUAAUGUUUUUAUUUAGCCACUUUUACUUAACCAUUCUCCUUCCUUGUUCCCGUCUUAGUGCGCAAGCCGCGGGCGGUGCGUCCAUGCUCCCCCAUCACCACUCCCAGCCUGCCACUCAAGAAGAAGAGCAAAGAGGGCAAAGGUGAGCGUUCUUCUCAACCAGCUCACCUCUUGAAAAACAGCCAAUCGCAAUCAAGGUCUCUCCUGGCACCUUCUCAACCAGCGUGAUUCUUGAAAAAAACAGCCAAUCAAAAUAAAGGUCUCUCCUGGCCCUGUCUCAACUGACUCGCCUCUUGAAAAAAUUGCCAAUCGAUAUCAAGGUCUCUCUCUUGGCCUAUUCUGUGGGCUACUGUGCACGUUUCUGCUUGUAGAGUGGUGCAAUCAUCAACCAGCAGCCAAUGUAGUCCAGUUGGGUAGGACCUCAGCUUGCUAAUUGAUGAGGUGCUCUCAAAGUGCUGUGUUUCACAGGGAAAUAACUGUAAUUGCGGGUGUGUGUUCCCUUGCUCAGCACAGAGAGGGGAUGGGGAGAGGGGGUUGGUUCAGCCGGACACGUAUACAUCACCCUGUCAUGGUGGCUGGGACUCAAGUGGCUGCUGGAGGGGUUGCUGUUUCUAACCACUUCUGGUCCUAACCGUUUCACAAACAUGAGUAAUCUACUGCCAGAGCCCCAUCCAAUUAUAUAUAUUUUCCAACCCUAGGUACACACACACACACACACGACGAGAACGACAAAUUGAUUUAUUUAAGUUAUGGGGAGGGAAUGCUGUAAUUGCGUCUCUGCCUAUUUCCAUUUGUUAAGUAAAACCUCUGCAAUGCUAAAUGAAUUAUGGACGGGUGUAGCAGAGCUCCAAGCUCACAUGUAUUAGGCUCACAUGUUAAAACUGCAAAUUCCUCUUUUAUCCCCCCUACGUAGGGAACACCAUCUACCUAUGGGAGUUCCUCCUGGCCCUGUUGCAGGACAAGAACACAUGUCCCAAGUACAUCAAGUGGACGCAGAGGGAGAAGGGCAUCUUUAAGCUGGUGGACUCCAAGGCUGUGUCCAAACUGUGGGGCAAGCACAAGAACAAACCUGACAUGAACUAUGAAACUAUGGGCAGAGCACUCAGGUGAGAGGAUUGUUAUUACACACAUGGUGUUGGCCAACAUCAUAGUGUUAGGAAACCAAUAACUAGCCUACUGAUUUUACUGCACUCGUUAUGUCUAGGGGUCUUAGGCCUAGCUACAUGGUCUGUAAUCUGAUUUGAUUUGUUCAUAAAUGUGAGAAGUAAGCAUAUGCAACCAGGGAUUUAUGCAUGUGCCCAGGGAGACAGCCACCUUACCUUAGGUCAAGUCAUGACUCCCAUGAUCGUUUAAGCAGAUUAGUAUUUGUUCAAAGUGGUGAUCUCAAAAUAAAAAUAUACAAGGGAAAAUCUAGUCAAUCGCACAACUGGAUGCAUUCAAUCAAAAUGUGUCUUACAUAGAUUUUUUCCGGCUUGGGGAGUCAAACCAGCAAUUUUUCAGUUGAUGGCCCAACACACUUAACCACUAGGCUACCUGCCACACCUUACAAAGAGGUAUUCCUAAACUAAAGAGGCUAACUAACACAAAACCACAUCAAAAACUGGCAGGCCCAGGCCUCUGGUCACAGAUUGCCAAUAAUCCUGACGGCUCCCACCUGUGGACUUAAUGGGAUACUUUGGGAUUUUGGCAAUGAGGCCCUUUAUCUACUUCCCCAGAGUCAGAUGAACUCGUGGAUACCAUUUGUAUGUCUUUGUGUCCAUAAUGAAGGAAGUCAGAGGUAGUUUUGUGAGCCAAUGCUAACUAGUGUUAGCGCAAUGACUGAAAGUCUAUGGGUAUCUACUAGCAUGCUAGCAGAUAACCAUAAACUUCCAGUCAUUGCUCUAACGCUAGUUAGCAUUGGCUCGCGAAAUAAUCUCUAACUUCAGCCCUUGACUCGGUGCUGCCACCUGGGGAUGGAGUAUGGAAGUGCAUGGUAGUGUGUUUGUCUAUGUCCUGACACUAAACUACCCCUCAUAUCAUAACACAGUUAAGAAGGGUAUCAUGUUAAAAUGUCUGUGCACCUGUUGCAGUAAAAAGCACUACAAAAAAUAAAAAAUGGAAUAAGUGCUUCUAGAUCACAUAGAUGCCAAACCGCACAUACAGUAUGUGGUGUCGUACAAAAUCUCAACUCACCCCCAUCCACUUCUCCUCUUGAAGGCAGUAUUAUAACGUCAAUGAAACCUACUUUGAAUUUGUUUUAAUACAGUGAGCAAGGCACUGGGUGUCAGGCAGACAAGUCUGGCUGACAUCUACAAAUAAAAGAGCCCACACAAAAUAUUAUUAUGGACCCCAGAUAUCCUUUGUACCAGGACUUUAAGUCACGUCUCUCAGGUCAACAUUAUCAAGGACCAGGUUAUAAAAGAAAUAGAGCAAAGCAAUCAUCAAUUCCAAUGGCACCUUAUUCAAACCACGGCCAUUAUCGGGGUAGCAAGCGAAAGUGUUCCACUGAAGUAAAUUUAGAAAAGUGCAAAUAUUUUCCUCAAGUCUCUUUCUGUUUGUAAUGUUACCUCAUGUUUACUCAAUGCCACAAACAAAAUGAUCUUACCUUAACUGUCACUUCUCUCCCUCCCUAAGGUAUUACUACCAGCGCGGUAUCCUGGCUAAGGUGGAGGGCCAGCGGCUAGUCUACCAGUUUAAAGAGAUGCCUCCUGACCUAGUGGUGAUUGAAGAGGACACAUGCCCCGAACUCAGCCCUGGCUAUGGGGGUCACCGCCCCAGCCACCACGGCCGGGGAAUGGGGGGCCGUGGAGGCCCCAGAGGGGGUCACGGUAAAAACCCUGCUCAUGGGCACCAUCCUAUAUUGGUAAAACAAGUGAAGAGAGAGCCUAUUGAUAUGGAUGGAGGGCUGUACCCUGAGCUCAAUGGUAAACAUGCAGAACAGAUGAUCCAGACGGUCCACGUGCUGCAGCCCAACCAGGGGGCGGCUGUGCCGGCCUCCUCGCACACUGUGAGGUGAGAGAUGGAUGGACAUAUGUACACACACACACGUGCAUACUCGCACGCAUAUCCAUACGCACGUAGAUGCACGCGCACGCGCACACACGUAACAUAGCGAACCGUGGCUAUUGGACCUAGGCCUUCAGUGUGGGAAAAUAUCUUCCAAAACAUUGUACCAAACUCCCAAAUCUCAAAAAACAGAGACAGCACCUGCACUAGCGUUACCAGCAACAACAACCUCAUUGCUUACAUAACCUAUGGUAGCCUAACGCCAUCACUAUCACCAAAACAAUAA